UUCUGUCUCCGCAGUAAAAGUUGUGGAUGGUCCCAACAGAAGCGUUCCUUAGCGUCCCCAUGUUUGGUCCCCCCUCUGUUGGGGUACCUAGCACACAGAUCUGGUACUAAAAGGUGGAGCUAGAAACCCUGCAGUCUGAUUGGUCAGUAGAGGACGGUCACUCUGGUUUUAUGUAACCUCUGUUCAUACAUCAGUAAACUACAAUUAUAAAAUGAAAGAGGAAAAAAUAACUUCAUUCACUGGGCCGACUGCCGGCAACUUUUAAGGUGGAACGUUAACUUGUAAUGUUACUCAAUGCAUGAGUUGAUGACGUGAAUCCAUCAGCACACCUUAAAUUUCACUGUGACAACUUUGACCAUCACUUUAGUUUUUAUAUGACACACACUUUUAGUAAUGACUUUAAAAAUAUAGAUUAAUUUGGAGCGGAUUAUGUGAAGGUCAUAUAUUCUAAUCCUCACUUCCUGUGGGCUACAGCAACACUAAACCCCUGAGCUUGCCUGAGAAGGACUAAAUGCACAAAGCUGCUAUUUUUAAAUAUCCCAUGGAGAGAGACUCUCACUGCAGCCUGUUCUAUUUUGUUCUGAAAAUGUGGGCGUGCAGCCUCGUUCUGUGGACGAUAAACCAGGUGCAGACUUCCAUCUGUGUCACCGCUGAUGAGGAAAUACAGCGAGUGCUGGACGGAGCACAGUGGCAUGACGAUGGCGGAGGCAGCGGCUCCAGAGCUGUUCUCAGAGCAGGAGUUAACCUGCUCCAUCUGUCUGGACCUGUUCGAUGAGCCCGUCUCCACCCCCUGUGGACACAACUUCUGUCAGGCCUGUAUCGGAGGUUACUGGGCGUCCAGUCCCGUGUGCACCUGUCCUCUCUGUAAGCGGCAGUUUGAAGAACGUCCUCAGCUCAGCGUCAACAAAGUCUUCGCUCUCAUCGCAGAUAAAUACAAACAGGCUCGUUAUGGCGCCGCGGGGUUACCGAUGCCCGUCAGGGAUGGGCUGCCUGCAAUGACGGGCGCCAUGACGACAACUGCCGCAGACGCCGGCGGCACUAACCCGUUUGUGACGGCGUCAGGUGAGGAGGUGGUGUGGUGUGAUGUGUGCACAGGUGUGAAAAAGCCUGCUGUCAGCUCCUGUCUCACCUGCACCGCCGCAUACUGCACUGAGCACCUGCUGCCACACCAGACCACGCCCUUCUACUCCAAACACCCACUGAUGGACCCCCUGGAGGCCCUCAGGGGCCGCACCUGCAAGACACACCGCCGCCUGCUGGAGGUAUUCUGUCGGACAUGUCAGCGCUGCAUCUGUGCCAUCUGCGUCCUGGAGGAACAUCGGACACACAAAACUGUCUCUGUCCAGACCGAGAGACUCAGUAAACAGAAACAUGUGGCGAGGACGGAGCAGGAGAUCCUGAACCGGAUGAAAGAGAAGGAGAUUCUUGUGACUCAGCUGAAGAGGAAGUUGGAGGGUGUCAAGAGCUACGCAGACGGGGAGCGAGGGGAGGUGGAACACCUUUUGGACGAAGUGUCUGGCGCGUUGGACAGGAUCCGGUCUCAGGUGGUGGGCGGGAUCCAGCACCAGCUGGACGCUGUGAUGUCAAAAGGAGGGGGUCUGGUGAGUCGUCUGGAGGCGGAGCUUAGCCAGCUGAUGAACAGGAGAGCCACGCUGGAGGUGCAGGCCAUCAGUCAGGAUCAUAUUGGCUUCCUGCAGAGUUUUGAGGAUGCCACAGCUCCUCUGGCCGAGGACCAGCAGGACGAGGUGGACGAGGAUGAGUUCUCCCUCCACUUCCAGCUGGGGGAGGUGAAGAGCGCCCUGUCUGAGGUCAAGGACAAGAUGGAUGACAUCAGGAUGGGGGAGGUCCGCCCCAGAGGCUCCAGAGGGUCCCGAGGGUCCGUGUCGUCAGGUGACCUGAUGAUGGCAGAGAGCAUGCUCAGUCUGAGCAGGAGCACAACCAGUCUGAGGAAGAGUCAGUGGUCUCUGAGAGAAAUGAAGAAGAUGAAGCCGGUCUCUGGACAUAAGAAGGCUCGAGUCUACAUGGAGGAUGUGACACUGAACCCGGUGACGGCGUACCCGUUCCUGAUCCUGUCUGAGGACAGGAAGCAGCUUAAGCGAGGUGAGAAGCUCCAGUUCUACAGGAACAGUCAGCAGCGCUUCGACGUUUGGUCCUGCGUCCUUGCCAAAGAGAGCUUCAGCACCGGGCGACACUACUGGGAGGUGUUUGUUGGGGAGAGUAAGGACUGGAAGCUGGGCGUGGUCAGCGAGUCGGCGCCCAGGAAAGGCCUGUUCGACAUGAGCCCGUCUAACGGAUACUACGCCAUCUGGUGGAGCGGCAGCCAGAUGAGAGCACUCACUGCUCCGCCCCUCACCAAGGUCCAAACACAGUACAUCACAUUAUCAUGUUAUAUUAAGAAAAAAAAACUGUUUUAAAAGUUUGUUUUCCUG